AUGGCUUCCGAGACUUCCUUCAAGACUGUGAGCCGAGUGGCGGCGGCUCAGAAAAAGGCAGCUCAACCUUCUGUUCUUCCACCUACUACCACAUUUGCCGAACUUGGCAUUGACGAAUGGCUGUGUGAGACCCUCAAAUCCAUGCAGAUCAAGAAACCUACCGAAAUUCAACGAGCCUGUAUACCGCCCAUUCUUGCUGGAAAGGAUGUCAUUGGUGGUGCCAAAACAGGUUCCGGUAAAACCGCCGCAUUUGCUCUUCCCAUUCUGCAAAAACUGUCGGAGGAGCCUUAUGGCGUAUUUGCUCUUGUACUGACACCUACAAGAGAACUAGCGUUUCAGAUUGCUGAACAAUUUCGAGUUUUGGGCAAAAGUAUUGGCUUGAAAGAAUCCGUCGUUGUGGGAGGUUUAGAUAUGAUGACCCAGGCAUUGGAACUUUCUCGUCGACCGCAUGUCAUUAUUGCUACGCCCGGCCGAUUGCGGGAUCACAUUCGCAGCAGUUCAGGGGCGGUGCACUUGUCGCGAGCGAGAUUUCUGGUGAUGGAUGAAGCCGAUCGGUUACUGUCGCCCACCUUUGUAUCCGAAUUGGAAGCCAUCUUGCCGCAGUUACCCAAGAAACGACAAACUUUAUUGUUCACAGCCACCAUGACCGAAUCCAUUUUAGCCCUCAAAGACGCUGAAGAUGAUCCAAAAAAGCGCCCCUUCGUUCACGUUUGCGAUAUGAGUGUCUCGACUGUCGCCACCCUCGAUCAAUUUUAUAUCUUUGUCCCUUCCCACGUCCGAACCACGUACCUCACCCAUCUUCUUCGAUCCGAUGAUUUUAAAGAAAAGUCCGUCAUUAUCUUUUGCGGUCGUUGUUCGACGGCCGAAAUGAUCACCAUCAUGCUCAAGGAACUCGGCAUUCGAUGCACAGCCCUGCAUUCGGAAAUGUCUCAGCAACAACGCUUGGACUCCCUUGGUAAAUUCAAAGCCGAAGUUAUCAAGGUCCUGGUGUCCACGGAUGUAGGCAGUCGUGGUCUGGAUAUCCCUUCAGUUGAAUUAGUGUUGAACUACGAUAUACCUCGCGAUCCUACCGAUUACAUCCAUCGUGUAGGUCGUACGGCUCGUGCGGGUCGCGGCGGUCAAGCGCUGUCGAUCGUCACUGAAAAGGACGUUCAAUUGGUGCAAAACAUUGAAGCCCGAAUGAACAAAAAGAUGGAAGAGUACAAGGUGAACGAAGAUGAAAUUUUGAAAGAAUUGUCCGAAGUGUCUACAGCGAAACGAGUAGCAAGCAUGGUAAGUCUUUCAACAAACGGUCGCUGGUAUCUCUGUAACUAA